GCCGGGCGCCGCUGUUUGGAUUUAAACGUUGCAGCGGGAGGGAGCGGGCUCGGCCGGCGGCUCCCGGCUCCCGGUUCCCGGCCGCGGCUUCACCCGGCUGCCGCCUCCCGGCCCCGCCAUGGUGGUGCCGGCGCGGCGGGUGAAGACGGAGUACAUGAAGCGCUUCAAGGAGCCCAAGUGGGAGUCGUGCGGCGCCUGCUACCUGGAGCUGCUCCGCUACCGCCUCAGCCGCCGCCUCCUGGAGCAGGCGCACCGGCCCUGGCUGUGGGACGGCUGGGAGCAGGACAGCGGCAGCGGCGGCGGCAGCACCGCCGGGUCCCCCUCGCCGCCGGGCGCCGGCAGCCCCGCGGCCGCGCAGGAGGAAGAGGAGGAGGCGGCGGCGACGCCAGCGCCGAGCGAGGCGGGCCGGGCGAGCCCCGAGAAAGGAAGAGAAGAUCAAGAAAAGCAGCAGAAGGAAGAGCAAGAAAAAACUGUAGAACACACUUCUGUAAAGGAAGCAGACAAAACCAGCCGUACAGGACGCCGUCCAAGCCAAAGUGCCUUGUCCAGUCGUAAUGAUCGAAGAUCAGCCAAAAGUCCUCAAAAGACAGAUGCACCAAAGCAGAAUAAACAUCCAUUUGCCCUGUAUGGGUGGGGUGAAAGACAGACAGAUACUGGUAGCCAGAAAACUCACAAUGUCUGUGCUUCUGCUUCAGCAAAUGAUAUUCAUGAAUCUGCUCUACGAGCAAAGAACAGGAGACAAGUGGAGAAAAGGAAGCUUUCUCAGAGGCGAGUACGAUCAGCAGAAGCAGAGACAGCCUGGCGAAUAAAGCCCUCCCCACCAGAUAACCCGUGGAUGACAGAAUAUAUGAGAUGCUACUCAGCGAGAGCUCUGUGAAUUUGCAUUCCCUUAGGCAUCUUCAAAAGAAGUUACGCAUAUCAGGACACUGGUGCAAGGAACCAAACUACUUAUGCAAGGUUUUUAUAGGGAGUUUCCAGCUGUUAAAAUAUUUGUUACAAUGUUUUUAUCUUGGCUACCUACCUCACAGUGGGGUGUAUCGUUGGAGCCAUAACAUUUGAAGAGGCUUUCAGAUAUAGCUACCCAAACUUUUAAAACAAUUCCCCUUUUGGGAAUUUUUCUAAUACUUCAGUUGACUUGUUGUGGGGGUGGGAGGGGGGAGACCUUAGCAUACAGGGAGUCAAAGCAAACACCUUUUAAAAUCUUGGUUACAACUAAUCUGUUGUCCCUUAUUUUAAAAGUCCAAGUCACAGGGAGGUGGUCUUGGGGAAAGACUUUAAAGGUGUGAUGGAGGUGCCUUUGCAUUUAUAGUACUAUCUGACUUAAUAUACUUUUUUGGUAGAAGUAUUAAGUCAGGCAGCAGGAAAGCCAGUGGCUCUGGUAAGCAGCACUAAUAAAUGUAGAUGCUUUAGGCAGGCAAAUACCAAGUAUUGUCUGUAUAUAGAAAUUUUAAAAAAAACCCCUUUGUUCAAUUAGUGAAUCUGCCAAUGCUAACUUUUAUUGUUAUUUCUAAGGUCGUUAGAGUAAACUACUAAUUUUCAGGGCAAGGAGCAGCUACAGGAUUGUUUUGUUGUUGCUGUGCCUGUUGUACCAAAUAACUGAUGCAGACAAUCAUUAGCUGAUAGCUGCUGCUCAAUAAGCAGUUGCUUGUUCUACCAGUAUCAAGUUGUACCACUGUAUUAAGCUUGUGGUCACACUUACUCCACACUUAAUCAUGUAGACGCAUUUAUUGAAGGAGAGGGCUGGCUCCUAUCUAGUGAAGUCUAUUUUUAACACAAGAAUUAUCUGCUCUGCUCAGUGGGGGUCAGAGUGCAAUAAGCAUUCCAUUUGGUGGUACUGUACAAGUAUACUGUUAAAAGGUUUUAAACUUAAAUCACGUUGAUGAAACUUGUAGAGAAGUUCUGAGAAGCUUUCUGCCUCUCAAAAUUCAUGCAGAACUCCUCACUAUAGAGGGGUGAGGGCUAGGGGAAGGAGAGUUGUACCUUUUAGUAAAUAAGAACAUAUAAUGGAGUUUGAGCACUCUUGCUUUGUAGGUCCUACUUCUAUAUAGUAAGGCAUUGUGAUACCCUCAGUGUUUGGUUGUCUUUUUCCCUUAAGCUGCUGUAAAUUUUUGUUUUUCAGUUUGAUAACUAAGCUUUAGGCAGACUAUUGCUGUAGUUGUGAGCUUCAAAGUUUUGUUCAGAUGUUGUGUGUUAGUGACAUAUGUUGGUUAUCUCAUUUUAAUUGUUUUGAAGCUUGUGUUUUACAGACUGGACACCUUCUCACAGGAAGCACACUUGCACUUCUGCAGCAGAAACCUGCACCAGUCUUAGCUUCAUUCCACAAUUCCAGUGUGUUAGCAGGACUCUAGAAUUACUACAGCAACACAGCUAUGUGCUUAGUGGAAAGUUUGGUUUGUGUUAUUGAAGGAAAGUAAUUGUGCAUAGGGACCAAGCCCUGCUGCCUCCUAGUGUUCAUUACAACGGUAAAGGUUUCAUUACUCUCAGUUCUAGUCUUGCUAAGAUCUCCUGGAAUCUGUGAAAUUAUAAUGUUUUUUACCUGUUGUCUUAAGCAUAAGGCUAUAAAAAUACAGGCAACUCCUGCUGAGGCUACCUACUAGGGAUCUUAGAGCUUUUAAGUCUGGGAAUGCAAAAUAUCAUUUGUUUUAUGCACAGCAAAAUUAAUGUAGUCCAACUUAAGACAACCCACAGGCUAGAACUUCCUAAAACUUCAGAACAGUGCCCAAAACUGAGGCAAACUAUUCCAAAGGAUGCCUUUAAUUCCGUAUGAGAUUCUCUUAAUUUCCUUUUGUGUUUUCCUCUUUAAAUAGCUGCUGUAAAUAUGCUUAAGUUGCAUCUGAUGCUGUCUCGAUUCAGAAAUCUAAACUAGCUUUGAGCAACACUAUCAAAGCACUAAUUCAGUAGCGUUUAACAGCCUUAUCCACCAAGAAUUCUGCCUGUCCCUGUUGCCCACAAGCUUCGUAGGCUUCAUGUAAAUACAGCAGAUGGACGGUGCUCUCAGUACAUUUUUGUCAGUUUCCUUGAUUGUAUAGGGCAGGGCUCAUCUUGCCAUGCUUUCAAAGACAGCUCCUACAGUUCUCUUCCCACUGAGAAGGGAAAAGCCAAGAUGACUAUAUGCCUGCCUUAAGCACCCAUUUUUGGGUAAGAUGGAUCUCCUGUUAGAUGUUGGACUUUCCAAUAAUUAUAGAAGGCUUAAAUGUCUCCUGCCUUGGAUACAGGGUACCAAACUUAAAAUGUCUCAAACAGGCUUGUUCAGGUGUUCUGCUGAGCAGGAGAAUCUUUGACAGCAUCAGGGCUGCUGUGUACUGAGGAAACGAUCCAGUUCUUAUCCGUGUCUGGUCAAGAGCUGUUCCCCACCAAGACAGCAGUGACACCAAUCGGGUCAUGUGAGUCACUGUCAUGCUUUUUCAAAGAGUCUGUAGCUAAAAAUAAUGCUGGGUGCUAUGUUGGUACCAUCUUGCUUUAAGUAAUAUAAUGCCUGAAGUGAGGGGUAAAUUAUUCUGUGAAUCAGGUAGCCUUCCUGCAUUUGGGCAAUGACAAAAAAAUAAAAGGCUAGUAGGUUUGCUUAGACUGUGAAACAGUAUAGUUCUGGUCACUGCAAGUUGUAUAUGCAAAAUAUUUGGCAUCUGCAGGCUGAAGUCUGGAAAAAUGUUAUUUUAGUGUUUUGAUGUUAACAAACAAAAAGCCAAAUUACUUGGAAAGCAGAACUUUUCAAGUGUAAAAGCUUUAACUAUAUUUCAUAGAUUCUUACAGGAGGUGGCUGUUUUGCAUCAAACUGGACUCACUAAAAACCAGAAAAUGUAGUGAAUGUCACCCUAUCAAUUAAGGAAGUUCUGAAAUUUGUCUUGCAUGGACUCUUGAAUUCAGCUAAGUGAUGAACACUUCUCACUCCUGUUUUAGAAGUAACACUUUGUAAGAACACAGUAAAUACUCAGUUGUCCAAAGUCUUCAUUAAAAUAGUUGUUUAUUCCUUUUUGUUUCUCAAAGUACUUAGGUAAGUGAAACAAGACUUCUACAAUGUGUAAUGCUGCAAUUUAUAGUGUUGUGAAGACUAGUGUUUACAAUGUAGAAAUGCAUAAGAAUGUUUCUGUAAAAUACAGUAGCAUGCCUGUUCAGUCACUGCUGUCAAAUCUCUGCAACUAUAAAUUACAGAAUUUUCCACUGGAAGCUGAGAUAGUCAAAGCGAUAGCUAAACUUAAAAGCCAAACUUAACAAAACUGAGGGGCAGACCUGAAUUUUUGGUAAGAAUUUUAUCCAGGUAGCAAAUGCACGUUUUAAUAAAUUUUUUUUAACUUCUAGGGAAGUAUAUCUGAUCUUUUUUUUUUUAAUGGCUUAAUGCAGUGCCACUGAACUAUAAAGGCCUCUCUUAUUAUUGUGUUUUUUUUUACUGUGAUAGGGACCAAAAGCUAGCAACAAGGGCCUUGUGUGUGGUAACCUGGAUGUUCCAGUUUCCAGCUCACUUAGUGCACUCCGCAGCAAAGCCAUAUGUGGAACCUGACUCAACACCUUGGCAGUAGCCCCUGUAAAAUCAGGGGUACAGGUGAAUGGAAAGCUGCCUCAGCUACUGUUAGCACUGAAUUCACUUUAAAAACAAUAGGGAAAUAUCAUCUAAGCUUGAAGCAAUAUGUGUUUUUUAAAGUUUUUAAACAGCAUUUGUUUUUAAUGCUUCUAUAUUGUCUAUAUUUACUAGUGUAGUGUCAACUUGUAUAUGUGAAUAAAAUCAGUGACACAAAGUGC